AUGGAAAGUUUGAGGCAACGUCGUUCCAAAGCCUUGCGAUGGAGGAAGAGGUCUGUCUCGGAUUACUCCGGAGUUCGGCGGAUCCACCAGAUUUUGACGCGAGCCACGUUGCGCUUCAAGGCUGAUCUCCGUUUAUGGUAUCAGCACGUGGAUUUCUGCUUGAGGAGUGGGAGCUCCACAGUGCUGCAGCGAGUUUUGAUGAAGGCUGUAAAGUUUCAUCCCAAGGAGGCCUCCUUAUGGUUGCUGGCCGCGGAUCGCGAACUGCGGCAAGGUCAUGUAGAUGCAGCCCGGAAGUUGCUGAUGCGUGCCUUGCGAUGCCUUCCCAAAUCCGUGAAAGUUCUCAGCGAGUUCCUCCGCUUGGAGGUGGGUGUGGCCGGUCAACUGCUGGUCGCUAGGGAAAUGGCGCAGGAAACCGAGGUGAAGGAUGAAGCCAAAAACGUUUGGGCACCCACCAAGCUGCUUUUCCAGAAAGGCCUCAGCAAAGUCACAGGCCAAGCGGAGUCCACUGCAAAGUUCUUGCUGGAAUCUUUGGCCCUCAACCACUCCGCUGCAUCCAAAUGGUCGUCUUCAGAGGGUUUUCAGGAGUGGUCCGAAGCCCUUCGGCGGGCCGCCUUUGAGCGGCGGCCUGGCUUGGCCGAAAAUACCGAAGACAUGAUCACGUGGACGGAGGUGUCCGAUGAAGCUGCUGCGGGCAUUUGGGAAGUGUGGUGGAAGCAGGAGUUGGCUUGUGGAUCCAGAUGGCCCGACCUGGUCCCUUCCAUUGCUUCCUGCGACUUCGCCGCUGUGCUCCUUCGGGCCAUCCAGGCCGUGCUACCAGUCGCAGAUGAUGCUGGAACUGCGCUUGCAACGCUGGCACAAGCCGAUGCUGCGGCAGCAGAUCCAGCCAUGGCCCUGAUCAUCUUGCAGGAAUUGUCAGCUUCAAGCGCACGGCAAGCGAAGGGAGUCCUUGAUUCGUUGCUGCAGCGAGCGGCAUCGCGUCAUCCGAAGCACCUGCGCUUGGCCAUGCUGACCGGAGAUGUAGAGAAGGUACUAAGCCUUUUGCCACACUUGAGCAACAUCUCCGCGCAAGAUGCGGUGCCAGUGGGCAUCAGAUAUCGUGAUGGCCCGCAGCCGGAUCGCUUGCUCCGAAGGGUAGAUUUCCCACCUUUACCCACCAUGGGCGCCUCUGCCAGCCGCGACAGCGCCUGCUUCGCCGGCGCUGCUGGCGCCCUGCAGCGGCGCUCGGAGGCUCCGAUCAGCGCCAUGGAGCCGGUGACGGUGACGGUCUGCGGGGCGGCGGGACACAUCGGAUAUUCCUUACUGCCAAUGAUUGCAUCUGGGGCCAUCUUCGGACCCUCUCGGCGGGUGUGCCUGCAAUGUUUAGACCUCAACCUGCCGGAAGUCAUGGACAGCAUGCGCGGUAUCGAAAUGGAGAUGUACGAUGGCAACUUUCCUCUGCUUCAAAAGAUGAUGUUCACCACGGAUGAUGCGCAAGCCUUCAAAGGGGCGGAUUAUGCCAUCCUGCUGGGAGCCUUCCCAAAACAAGAUGGUAUCGAUAAGCGCGACGUCAUGGAGAAGAAUGUGAUGAUUUUUCGCACAAUGGGGAAGGCUUUGGAGAGACAUGUGAAGCCAGAGUGCAAAGUUCUGGUAGUGGGCAAUCCGUCACAUACCAACGCAUGGAUUUGUGCGCAAUAUGCGCCCUCCCUGCCGAAGCACAACAUCUUUGCCCUCACUCGCCUGGACCAAAAUCGCGCCACCGGGCAAAUCGCCCAUCACUUUGGCCUGUCGGUGAAUGACGUGAGAAAUGUGGUGGUCUGGGGUUGCCACGCCAAGUUUCCAGAUGUGGACCAUGCGGUCAUCAAGGGCAAACCUUUUUCCGAGAUCCCGGGAGGAAACCGCCUGAACGACCUCUUCCGUAAGGAGAUGCAGACGCGAGGCGCCAGCAUCGUCAAGGCCAGGAAGGCGUCCUCGGCGAUGUCCACGGCCAGGGCCAUCGUGGAUCACCUGAAAGAUCUUCACCUCGGGACGAGGGUUGGCGAGUUCGUAUCGAUGGGUGUGUGGUCCGACCAUGGUGCAUACUCCAUCGCCGAUUCCCUGGUCUUUUCGGUGCCGGUGGUGUGCCAAGGGGGCGGCAAGUAUCAUGUCUACAAAGGACUCUCGUUGUCGGUGGCCUCCCAAGAGAAGCUGCGCCAGGUCGAGGCCGAGAUGUUGGCCGAUCGCGACCUGGCGCGGCAGUGCAUCGUCAGCAACGCGUGCUUCCUUUCGUUGAAGCGCAACAAGGGCGCCGUCAGCAUGGAGGAGUUGGAGCACGUGUUGAGAGCUCUCGAGCCUGGCCAAGAUGUGAGCCCUGUGCUGUUGGCAGUUCUAUCUCAUGCUGCGCACGAAGGUCCAGCCAGCUUGCAGAAAUCAUUUCAGCAGGUUCGAAAGUUCGCAGAGAAGCUUUGGGACGUCCCACGGCUGCGCGUGCAGGUCCUCUUUGCGUUGCUGAGGCUUGAGCUGCGCACGGAGACUGUAGAGGUCAAAGACAUCUGCAAACAUUUUGAGGAUUUGCUGUCAACCGUUGGACCUUCCUCCACGGAUGCCACAGAAGUCUGGCUUCGCUACUUGGACUUUGUGCAAGGUGUCCAUGGCACAGUCCAGGUGCCACGUCCCAACGACCUCCACCUUCGUGCGCUGCGCUCGGUGCAGGACCAGGAGAUCUAUCGGGAAAAGGCCCAGAUGAUCCUUCAAGGCCUUGAGAUACAUUGA